CGUACAAUCUCAUAUGUUAACAAUGUUUUCUCUUCUCCUUAUCUACAUAUUCAGCGAUUCCUGGUACGAAAUCGGCAAGUUCUGGUUUUACUUCUUCAACCAUCCCCAUUGUUGAAGCUACAACUCAAGCUUCUACCAGUGCUACCACUCCUGCCACCCCUCCCAUCCCUCCUCAGCUUGUUCCUUCUUACGCCAUAUCAAGCUUCAACUACACCAAGGUUAACAAUGGCGAACCUACAACAUUGGUUUGUGUCGUGACAGGAUCACCUCUACCGACCUCUGAAAACAUCACAGUCACCGAUGCAGCCGGUGCACAUGAAGGGAUUGUCCUUGUGGAGACCAAUGUCACUGAAUCAACCAGGACAUCCGCGUAUCGGGUUAGGGUGAGUCUGGAUGAGAUACCUCAGAACUUCACGUGUCUUUUGCGCAGACCGGACGGGGAAAGUGUCUCGAAAGAUCUGACUGUCUCUGUUUAUGAACCUCUAAGCUUUGUUGAAUGUAACAUACUGGUCCAAGAGAUGACAUCUCACUCGAUCACCUUACGCUGGACACCUUGGAAUGAGACUUAUGAUCAUGGUGAUGGGCCAGUGAUUGGAUAUCGAGUCUACUACAACACACCCGGACAGGAUGACAUAGCUAGGGCUUCAAGAGAUCUCCUCAGAGAAACAACUUUCGCCGUCACUAAUUUGACACGGGACACAGAGUAUGAUUUCAGAGUGACUGCUUCUAGAGAGGGGCGAGCGGGAGAGGGGAUGUACAGCUCAGCAGAAAGAGCUAGGACAAAGUGUACUGCACCUUCUGAGGCGCCUGUUCUGUCUGUGAGAAACAAAGGUCUAACAACCAUCACUUUGGAUUGGGAGGUAAUACCAGAGGAAUCAUGGGGAUGCAGUGCCCUUUCUGGAUUAGAAAUCAAUGUUAGCACCAAUGGACAGAAUGGCUUUCCUCGAACCUUGUCAUUCAAUACUACGCCGAGUACUGCUAACAUUGAACAGCUAGUGGAUUGUACUACGUAUAACAUCAACGCAGCAUUUAGAAACAAAGACGAGUUAGGGAUCUCUUCAGAAAUAUUGUCAGUGAGCACGUAUUUGAUACGACCCGCAGGUGUAGAAGCCUUACAGAUGUCACCUUCAACCACACAAAUUGAAGUGAGCUGGGAACCGUCAUCUAGUCAAUGCUCCCCUGACUACUAUAUCAUGCGCUACAGUCUCCUUCAAAAGCUUGCCUGCCAAUCACCAGAAUCCAUCCCAACAGAGUUUGAAGUUAACACCACCUCUACACAACUCAAUAAUCAUAAUCUAGUGGGGUUGGAGCCUUACUCGCGAUACAAGAUCUCAGUUACAGCUGUAAAUGGUGCCAUGCAGAGUGAACCCACGAUCGGCUAUUCAGAUACCGGGCCAGGACCACCGUCCAACAUUACAAAUGUCAGGGUUAAUCCAGAAAGGACGUCUCCAACACGAUUAGGAUUCACUUGGCAACCUUUCAACUGCAGAAAUGUGAAUGGAGUGUUCUGGUACUACCAUGCAAGAAUCUACAAGAAUAGUGUUGGAUAUGUGUGCUGUGAUGGAUAUGAUCAGAGGAUAUACUUGGAUGAUGACAUGUCAUACUCAUCAAUAGAGUUCAAUGGUCUUGAGGCAUGCACCAUGUAUGCACUGAAUAUCAAUGCCGUCAACCAGGCUCCGUGGAAUUCUGGAAAUGUGUCUUAUGCUAUCGGUGUAACAGAAGUAACUUUCACAAGUGCAUCCGCAUUUGCAACUGGGAAUCAACCCAGUCUGACAGUUCAGUGGAGUGUUCCGUCUCAAUGCGAUGUGGAUUACUACAGGGUAUCAUAUCAACUCAUCUCACGUAACGCAUGUCAAGAUGUUCCUGUAAUAGAUGCUCUAGUCUACGAACUCAACGUCACAUCAGGUACCUCAUAUGUCUCCAAAAUCAUUUCAAACUUGGAAUAUUACGCCACUUAUAACAUCUCCAUCAUAGCUGUGAAAAGGAGAGCAGAGAGCCUACCCAUGAUUGUUAAUGGAGACACACUAGAUGGAGACCCCUCUGCUAUCGAAUCAGUGUCAUACACCUCUACUGCCCACUCCUUGCGCUUUGUGUGGCAGGAACUCUCUUGUGAAAGCCUACAUGGUGUUUUUGAUAGCUACGAAUACGAUCUCUAUGAUCCUACUGAUGGGGGUAGAUAUGCUCGGUAUUCAUCGUCCACCCGAAUGAACUUUGUAAACAUAACUGGUCUUGGUGCUUGCACAGAAUAUCGCUUCAGAAUAAGAGUAGUUACUACCCAGUCGAGAAGGAGUGAAUGGCAUAUGAAAAUGGCAAUGACUAAUAUAUCAGCUCCUGGGAUACCAGUUAUUACAGAGCUUACCCCGCAUCAGGAAGACAGUGGCACUAUUGGCCUGAUAGUAUCAUGGCAACCUCCUUCCUCACCUCCAUGCCAGCCUACGCAUUAUGAAAUCAAGUACUAUGUUCUUCAAGGCGAUAUGUGUGAGGAUAACUCGAGGGAUCGCAUAAUGACUUCAGCAGGGACCGUCAAUGGUUCAACGUUUACCUUCAAUGUCCUGGAGUUGCGUCCCAACUCUGAGUACAUGGUGUUCGUGAGAGGCAGAACCAGUAGCGGUUAUGGUGAUUCGGAUUCCCAAUCAGCUAUUACAGGAUAUUCAUAUCCUACUGGUUCCCCAACUAAUAUUCAGUCCGUUCCCAUCAAGAAACGCAGUAUUUUCUUCUCUUGGGAGAAGCCAGAAUGCGGUCAUCGGAAUGGACCAAUCACAAGAUACGAAGUUAUGCUCUCCAAUUCUACAGGAAACGUGGUUUAUCAUGGUAAUGUGUCGGGACAUGAGCACGAGAUAUUUGGCCUCAUCCCCUAUUCAAAUUACAGCAUUAGGAUCAGGGCUUGGAAUUAUGAACUUGCAGGGGAGUAUGGUCCAGCGAUUUGGGCACAGACAGAUGAAGCAAAACCAGCGCCACCAAUCGGAGUAAAGCUUCCAUCUUCCGACCAGGAGAGCAUCACAGUAGAAUGGAUGUCACCGAACCCUCCUCUGGGCAGGAUAAUAGGUUACUACAUUCAAUACUGGGAGACGUUUGGUAAUAGUUCCACGCCCAGAAACGUCAGCAUCCCGUGUCGGGACGGGCUGUGCUCUGACAUUAACUACAGGUUUUCCACAGUUAUUCCCGAUCUCCAGCAGGACAUGAAUUAUUCCGUUCAGGCAAGUGUGAUUCCUGAAGGCAUUUUCUAA